CCAAGCUAUAUAAGACAAUUUCGGCGCCAAAACGUUGUUAGUCUUCGAAGGAAGUGAUACGCGAGUACAGAUUUUGCUAGUGUUUUAAGAACAAUUCUUUAAAAUAUAUUACUAAAAUGUCUUUUCUUUCUCAACGUUUCGACAAUCUAAGCACAUCUGACAACAAAGAAAACCGCAGUUCUAUGUCUGGUCAAAAAAUCUUGCAGCCUCAUGACGAAAACGUAUUGCCGGCAAAGCAAGUUGAGAAAUCAUUACAAUCAAAAAUUACUGACCAGAAUGAGCCUUUGCUGCGUCCUAACCCCAGCAGAUUUGUGCUGUUUCCCAUUCAAUAUCGUGACAUCUGGCAGAUGUACAAAAAAGCAGAAGCUUCAUUCUGGACUGCUGAAGAAGUUGAUCUUUCCAAGGACUUGAAUGACUGGGAUAAACUUCAACCUAAUGAAAGGCACUUCAUUUCUCAUGUUUUGGCAUUUUUUGCUGCAUCUGAUGGUAUCGUAAAUGAAAAUCUUGUUGAACGGUUUGCUCAGGAAGUUCAGGUACCUGAAGCUCGCUGUUUCUAUGGUUUUCAAAUUGCCAUGGAAAACAUCCACUCAGAGAUGUACAGCCUGUUGAUUGAAACCUACAUCAAAGAUUCUACUGAGAGAACUAGGCUCUUCAAUGCUGUUGAGACCAUGCCCUGUGUUGCCAAGAAAGCAGAGUGGGCCAUGAGAUGGAUUGGCAACAAAGAAGCCCCUUACAGUGAAAGAAUUGUUGCUUUUGCUGCUGUAGAGGGAAUUUUCUUCUCUGGGUCUUUUGCAGCAAUUUUUUGGCUCAAGAAACGAGGUUUGAUGCCAGGAUUGACAUUCUCCAACGAACUGAUUUCCAGAGAUGAAGGUCUGCACUGCGAUUUUGCAUGCGUCAUGUUCAAACAUUUAGUUAAUAAACCUUCCAAAGAACGUGUAGUCGAAAUCGUGAACAAUGCUGUAAAAAUCGAACAAGAAUUCCUUAGCGAUGCACUUCCCGUUGAAAUGAUUGGAAUGAACUGCAAACUUAUGCGCCAGUACAUUGAAUUCGUAGCCGAUCGUCUUCUGAUCGAACUUGGGUGUGGGAAGUUAUACAAAGUCGAAAAUCCCUUCGAUUUCAUGGAACACAUUUCGCUUGAAGGGAAAACAAACUUUUUUGAGAAAAAAGUUGGGGAAUAUCAGAAGGCAGGGGUAAUGAACAGCAAGGGCAGCGGGGCUCAUGUUUUCACACUCGAUGAAGAUUUUUAACUCCGUUGCCAGUGUCGACCCAACAGUUCUUCAUUGAAAGGUUUCCUUUUUUUAUCAAAUGUGCAAAUUCCCCGUACAAAUUUUACUGAUCGCCUGUUCGAGUAUUGCCAAACCCUUGAAACUAUGGCGCUGCCAUUUAUUGAUGUCUUUUUUUUACCGUAAUAAAUUGUGACGUAUAAAAA